UUGAUUUAUUUUACAAUAAGUAACAGACAUGUUUCGAUUUAUUAUUUUUUGUGUGUUAAUAAUAAAUAUAAGAGCCGAGGAGCAUUCGAGAGUUGUAGAAUUGGACGAAGGGCCUGUUGUUGGUGAAAAGUAUUGGAAUGGCGAUUAUUUCGAAUUUUACGGUGUUCCGUACGCGACUGCGCCGUCUGGAAGGGAUAAGUUUAAGGCACCUUUACCAGUUGAACCGCGAAAAACGCCAUUGCAUGCGAGUGCCAAAAACAUAAUUUGCCAACAAGUAUACUACACUGGUGAUGAAGAUGAAGAAAUUAUGCUUUAUGGUGAAGAGGACUGUCUUAAAAUGAACAUAAUGGUGCCGACUGUUGCAAAUGAAAACAACUUGGUACCAGUGUUAGUUUACAUACAUAGUGGCGCGUUUGCCGGAGGAAAUGGGAAUAUGAUGAGAACCCCAUACUUAUCCAGGCAUGAUGUCAUUAUUAUCACUUUUAACUAUAGAAUAGGUGCUAUAGGUUUUGCUUGUUUGGGUACAGAAGAAAUCCCAGGUAAUGCUGGUUUAAAAGAUCAAGUGGCAGCUUUAAGAUGGAUUAAUAAGAAUAUUAAGAAAUUUGGAGGUGAUCCUACAAAAGUCACAGUUGCUGGUUUCAGUGUGGGUGCAACAAUGGCCGAGCUGUUGGCUCUAUCCAAAACUACAGAUGGUUUAAUCGAUAAGAUUAUUCUAGAAAGUGGGUCAGCAUUAUCACCUUUUGCGAUAAACAGAGAUCCAAUUAGCACUGUGAAGAAUGUAGCCAUAUCAUUAGGUUACAAAGAUAAUGGAAACUUGAGAGAAUUGAAUGAAUUCUUUCUAAAUGCACCAGUGGCUAAUAUAACUGCAAAAAGUCUAAAUUUCUUCCUUACAAAUAGUACAUUCGGAUUUGCGCCAUGCAUCGAAAAUGUUUUUGAGAAUAAUGAACCGUUUCUUACGGAGUCACCGUUAGAUAUAUUGAGCAAAAAUUCCCACGAUAUAUCAGUUUUAACAGGUUUCGCCAACAUGGAAGGUCUUUCUAGAGUAUCUAAAUUUGAAGAAUGGAGUGAAAUGAUGAAUAAAGAUUUCAAUCCGUUUCUACCAGCGGAUUUAGUGUUUAAAGAUAAUAAAUUAAGAGAUGACUUUAUAAAUGAAAUAAAAGAAUAUUAUUUCAAAAACAAAGAAGUGUCUCCUGAUAAUCUGCAAGGUUACGUAGAUUAUUUCUCGGAUUCUAUGUUUAAAUACUCGAUUUUGAAAUCAGCCAAACUUCAUGCAGCAAAAAGUAAAAGAUCUGUGUAUUUAUAUGAGUUUUCCUAUAUUGGAGGGUUGAAUAUGAGACAUAAUUAUGCAGACAGAAUACUGGGAGCUAGUCACAGGGAUCAAACAGCAUAUAUUUUGGACUUUUUCUCAUCCACACAAAGGGUUGACGAUAUGAUCACUCGAGACAGACUCACAUUUAUGUGGACUGAUUUUGUUAAAUACGAAGACCCGACUGCCUAUGAAAGUUCUCUAAUCGACAUCAAAUGGUUGAAAUAUUCAAAUGAGCAGCCCAAUUAUUUGUCUGUUAAUGAUAGAUUAGAAAUGAAGAGAGAUUUGUUGGCGAAUAGUUAUGAAUUUUGGAACAAAGUUUAUGAAAAGCAUUACUGGAAUCCAUCAUCACCGGAGAAACGAAACUGAAUAAUCCAGAAUAUCACUUAUUAGGAAGAGUAAAAAAAUAAAUUUUAAUAUAAAAGUUA